CUGCAUAGAUGAAGAAGAAACGUCUCAGAUAAUUAUAAUGUUUUUAUUGACAAGAAAAAGCUCCGAACAAAACUUUCUUAAUUCAAUGGAUAACGAAGUGCAUUUAUGCUGAUUAGAAUACUCGCACUACUAAAUAGCGAAUCGCCGAGCCAGUUAGCUUGGUAGUGCGGUAGCGAUCAGUGCUAUAUCUGUCUGCGAAAUAGUUCUGAAGUAUCUUUUUUGUUGUUUGUUUGUUUUAAUAUUUUAUUUUUCGUUGAUUAAACUUUCAUUAAUUAAUAAUAACAAAGCAUACAAAAUGUUAUCACGUCAUCUCAUAAAAUCCAAUUCAAUAGUUGGAUUGUUGAGGUCAACGAUUUUUAGAGGAUAUACGACAACUGUGACACAAACGCAGGACAACGAAACAGCAUCAGCGGCAAGCAAUUGGAAAAAUGCUCGUCCAUAUUCAGAAUUACCAGGUCCAAGCAAAUAUAAAAUAAUUCGCGGAUUUUUACCAGGGGGUGCGUUCUAUAAGAAAACUUUUAUUGAGGGAAUUACAGAAAUGACCCAAGAAUAUGGCGAUGUCUAUCGAUUUCCUGCCAUGUUUGGCAAACCAGAAAUGGUUAUGGAUCUUAAUCCAAAUGAUUAUCCAAUCAUAUUCCGCAAUGAGGGUAUUUGGCCAGAUCGUCGCAGCUUGGAAAGUUUAAUUUAUCAUCGUACGGUGCAUGGAAAAGAUUGCUUUCGAGGCACCGGUGGACUACUUACCACAGCGGGUGAAGAAUGGGCAAAAGUACGUACCGCUGUUAAUCCGGUUCUAAUGCAACCAAAAAAUGCCAAACUGUACUUAAACACACUAUUAGAAGUUAAUGAUGAAUUUCUCGAAAGAAUACGUCACAUACGCGAUCCCUCGACACUCGAAGUUCCCGGCGACUUUCAUGAUGAUAUUAAUCGUCUCACUUUAGAGGGCGUGGUGGGCAUUGCUCUCAAUACCAGAUUAGGAAUGAUACAUAAAAAUCGUGAUACUCCGGAAAGUAAAUUACUACUGAAGGAAAUACGGAAUUUUUUCGAUUUGACGGAGGAAAUAGAGGUCAAGCCCUCCAUUUGGAAGAUUAUCAAAACACCGAAGUUCCAUAAAUUGAUGGCAACAUUGGAUACCCUCACUGCGUUAUGCAACAAGUAUAUAGAUGAGGCGUUAAAACAAAUUGAAUUGGAUAAUGAGGGGAAAUUCACCUCAGAGGUGGGUAAGGAAAAGAGCGUUUUAGAGAAACUAUUGCGUAUUGAUCGUAAAAUUGCUGUGGUUAUGGCUUUGGAUAUGAUGAUGGGUGGGGUCGAUACAACAAGCUCCACUCUAGUGGGCAUAUUGUUUUGCAUCGCCAAAAAUCCGGACAAACAACAAAAGCUUUUCGAGGAACUCAAAAAUAUUUUGCCAAAUAAGGACUCCCGUUUGACUACAGAGAAUAUGCAAAAUCUUCCAUAUCUGCGCGCCUGCAUUAAGGAAGGUAUGCGCUAUCAUCCCAUUAUUGCUGGCACAAUGCGUAAACUCCCUACCGAUGUGGUAUUGAGCGGAUAUCGUAUACCGGCCGGUACUGAUAUUUCGAUUAGUUCGAAUUUGUUGUUGCGCAAUGAGAAAUUUGUGGAAGAACCAAAUAAAUAUAUACCAGAACGUUGGCUCCGUAAUGACACCGAAGGUAAAAAAUAUCAACUCAACAACCCGUUUCUAUUUCUUCCCUUCGGCUUCGGUCCACGCAGUUGUGUGGGCAAACGUAUUGUGGACCUGAAACUGGAGGUCACUUUGGCGCGUUUGGUGCGCAAUUUCUCAAUUGAAUUCAAUUACUCAACAGAAAAUGCGUUCGUACCGAAAAUCGUAUUCAUACCAGCCAUACCAUUGAAAUUCAGAUUCGAGGAAAGAAAGGAGUGAAGAUACCGUUAUUAACUGAUAAAA